ACCACCCCUCCCCCUUCCCUCGCGCGACCCCCUCCCCCCUCCCCUCGCCCGAGCCCUCCUGACCUAGCCGCCAGCGACCGCCCGCUAGCUACCCCGCCGCCAGUCCCCUUCCUUCUUCAACCUCUCCGCCGCCCUGCUGAAGGUGUCUACCUCGCCGCCGAUCCGCCGCUGCGCCUGGCCGGGCCUACACUCGCCGCCGGCCCGCCCCUGCUCCUGGCCGGCCUCAACUCGCCGCCGCCGCCGGAGUAGACCCUGACACGGGAGAGAUGGAUGAAUUGGCAAGAAAACGAAGGCAACUAAUUGUGAGAGGAGCCGGUCUAGUGGCUGGAUUGUAUGCUUACAUGAUGGUCAUGUUUAGAAGAUCUAGGCAACAAACACCGAGGAUAACCGUGGGCAGCAUGGCCGAUCGUGCCAUAUCUAGAGAGUCAAAUUUGAGAUACAUUUAUCACUCUAGUGACAUAAAUUGUUCAAAUCAACUCAGAAUGAGAAAAGCUCUGUUUUUCCGUUUGUGUGCUAUAUUUAGAGAGAGAAAUUUGUUGUUGGAUAGCAUUCAUACUUCUAUUGAGGAACAAGUUGCCAUGUUUCUUCUAAUAGUUGGCCAUAACCAAAGGUAUAGGACACUACAACCUAUCUUUAGAAGAUCUAUCGAAGUCAUUAGUAGGUAUUUUAAGGCAGUGCUUUAUGCUGUUGGGGAGUUGAGAGAUGAGAUGAUUCAGCCUCCCUCCAACCAUUGCCAUCGUAAAAUACAAGAAAGCACCCGCUUCAAUCCAUAUUUCAAGGUUCAUUGCGCCAGUGGCAAGCAGUUGAUAGUCCAUCCUCAGAUUUUUGUCUCCCUUGCACGCAAUAUGGAUGAAGAAAAUCCUGUUGAGCUGCUACAACGUUAUCGCCGUGAUCGCCAUGUGUUGCUCAAUUACAUCCUUUCUGGUAACUUGAUCAAGAAAGUUGUAAUGCCGCCUGGUGCUAUCUCUCUGGAUGACGUGGAUAUUGAUCAAGUCAGUGUUGAUUAUGUCCUCAAUUGCGCUAAGAAAGGGGAUCCACUUGACCUUGGAGAUGCCAUCCGGCUUUAUCAUGACAGCCUUGAUUACCCAUAUGUCGAUAACACUGGAGAUGUCGAAGGGUUCUAUUUACUUACAAGACCUGAAUAUUCUGGAUCAGCACCAACAAGAGAACCACCCCCUGUCCCUGCCGCUGCACCAUUACCAGUUGUGGUACCACCACCAGUUGUUGAACAACCACAAAUUGCUGUGCCAUCAUCAGUUGCAAACUUACCAAAAUCAUUAUCAUUGGACUCUCCCACCGAGGAAUUAACCAUAGAUGACAUUGAAGACUUUGAGGAUGAUGAAGGUGAAUUCGAUAGUCGAAGGGCUUCUAGGAGGCAUCAAACUGAUGCCAACGAUAUAUCCUUGCGCUUACCAUUAUUUGAAACAGGUAUCACAGAUGAUGAUCUUCGUGAAACAGCAUAUGAAAUCCUUGUUGCUGCUGCUGGCGCUUCAGGGGGCCUUAUAGUUCCAAAGAAAGAAAAGAAGAAAGAGAAGAGACACAGAUUAAUGAGGAAACUUGGCCGUAGUAAGAGUGAAAGUGCUGAAUCGCAAACUCACCGGCAACCAGGUUUAGUUGGCCUGCUUGAAAUCUUGAGAGCCCAACUUGAGAUAACGGAGUCCAUGGAUAUUAGGACUAGACAGGGACUACUUAAUGCUAUGGUGGGUAAAGUCGGAAAACGGAUGGACAAUCUCUUGAUACCACUGGAACUACUGUGCUGUAUAUCUAGAGCUGAAUUUUCUGACAUGAAGGCAUAUCUUCGUUGGCAGAAAAGACAGCUGAACAUGCUGGAGGAGGGCCUAAUAAACCAUCCUGUUGUUGGAUUUGGAGAGUUAGGUCGAAAAGUCAAUGAGCUAAGAAAUCUUUUCAGAAAGAUUGAAGAAUCUGAGUCGCUAUCCCCAUCUGCUGCGGAGGUUCAACGUACAGAAUGCCUACGUUCACUGAGAGAAGUUGCUACAUCUUUCUCUGAAAGGCCUGCUCGUGGCGAUCUUACCGGUGAGGUUUGUCAUUGGGCUGAUGGUUACCAUCUGAAUGCCGCCUUGUAUGAAAAAAUGCUUGGCAGUGUUUUUGACACCUUAGAUGAGGGAAAACUCACAGAGGAGGUGGAAGAAAUCCUUGAGCUCCUAAAGUCCACUUGGCGUAUACUAGGAAUCACAGAGACAAUUCAUGAUACGUGCUAUGCAUGGGUAUUAUUCCGACAGUUUGUUUUUACAGGUGAGCAAGGACUCCUGAAAGUUGUGAUUGAGCAUUUGAGGAAGAUACCCUUGAAGGAACAGCGUGGUCCACAAGAACGCUUACACUUGAAAAGUCUACGUAGUUCUGUUGAUGCCGAUGAUAGCUGCCAGGACUUUACGUUUUUCCAGUCUUUCCUGUCUCCAGUUCAGAAAUGGGUGGACAAGAAAUUGAAUGAUUAUCAUCUGCACUUCUCAGAGGCUAUGUCUGAUUUGUUAUUCACCACCGAAUGUUGCAACACAUAUGCGCAUAAGGGUCCCAGUAUGAUGGUUGAUAUCGUAACAGUAGCAAUGCUUACUAGGCGAAUCCUUGGUGAAGAAAAUGACAAGGCAAUGGAGUCACCUGAUCGAGACCAGAUUGACCGUUACAUCACUUCUUCUGUCAAAAGUGCUUUCAUGAAGAUUGCACAUUUCGUAGAGAUUAAAGCAGACACAUCACAUGAGCAUGUUUUAGCAUCUCUAGCUGAGGAGACGAAGAAGCUUUUGAAGAUAGAGACAAACAUUUUUUCCCCAGUUUUGUCAAGAUGGCAUCCACAGGCAGCAGUUCUUUCCGCUUCCCUUCUCCAUAAACUGUAUGGAAACAAAUUGGGACCUUUUCUUGAGCAUUCUGAGCAUCUUACGGAGGACGUAGUUUCUGUAUUUCCGGCAGCUGAUUCUUUGGAGCAGUACAUAAUGUCAGUGAUGGCUUCUGUUGUGGGUAACGAUGGUUUGGACAGUCUAUGUAGACAAAAGCUAGUUCCUUAUGAGAUUGAAAGUAAAUCGGGCACGGUUGUUUUACGCUGGGUGAAUGGGCAACUGGAGAGAGUUGAAACUUGGGUUAAAAGGGCUGCUGAACAAGAGACUUGGGAUCCUAUAUCCCCUCAACAACGCCAUGGGGGUUCUAUUGUUGAAGUCUAUAGAAUCAUAGAAGAGACUGCAGAUCAGUUUUUUGCAUUCAAGGUUCCUAUGCGAAUUGGGGAAUUAAAUAGCUUCUGUCGUGGCAUUGACAAGGCAUUUCAAAUUUAUACACAACUUGUUACUCAACCCAUAGUUGACAAAGAAGAUUUAGUUCCACCUGUUCCUGUCCUUACUCGAUAUAAAAAGGAGCUUGGAAUCAAAGCUUUCGUAAAAAAGGAAAUCCAAGAAGUCAGACCUGUUGAUGAGAGAAAAUCGAGUGAAAUAGUUCAACUUACAAUGUCAAAGCUAUGUGUGCGGCUUAACAGUCUAUAUUAUGCUAUAAGCCAGCUAGGCAAGUUGGAGGACAGCAUAAGUGAGCGGUGGGCUAAAAGGCAAAGUGACAAAAUUAACAUCAGACGAUCAAUGAACGGCAAGUCAAAGGGUGUAGUCUCCAAUCAGAAGAAUCAAUUUGAUGGCAGUAGAAAAGAAAUCAAUGCUGCUAUUGAUCGGGUAUGUGAAUUUACAGUUUGCAUCUUUUCUUUCGUAGGGUUAAAGGUCAUAUUUUGGGACCUCCAACAGCCAUUCAUCGACAAUAUGUACAAAAACAAUGUUUUACAAGCUCGAUUGGACACUAUUGUCGAAGUGCUUGAUUUGGUGCUUGCUCAACUCUGUGACGUCAUUGUGGAGCAACUGCGAGAUCGUGUGGUUACAGGGCUUCUGCAAGCAUCCCUGGAUGGCUUAGUUCGGGUAAUACUAGAUGGAGGUCCUACACGCGUCUUCUCUCCGAAUGAUGCCCCUCUUUUGGAGGAAGAUCUUGAAAUUCUGAAGGAAUUCUUCAUAUCUGGCGGAGAUGGGCUGCCUCGUGGAACUGUUGAGAAUUUGGUCUCGCGUGUUCGUCCUGUAAUAAAUCUGAUCAAGCAAGAGACCCGUGUGCUUAUUGAUGAUCUGCGCGAAGUUACUCAAGGGGGCAAAAGCAAAUUCGGAAGCGACUCCAAAACCCUGCUGAGGGUCCUGUGCCACAGAAAUGAUUCAGAGGCAUCACACUAUGUGAAGAAGCAUUUCAAGAUACCCAGUUCAGCUCCCCCGAGCACCUGAUUUAUGGGGAAAAUCUGGAAACACCUCAAAGGUACAUAUAAUGGAUGGAACGGUGCUCGGCCUUGCAACCUAGGAAGCUUAUUUUGUAAUAAUUGUGCAUUAUUAGCAGUCGGAGCUAGGGAACCAUAGGCUAGUUUUGAUUCAUGGGCAUUGUCUUGAUUGAUUGCUUCUCCCCAGGAAAGAUUUAGAUGUCUUACCUUUGUUUCUUUGGGGAGUUUUUAGCUGGAUUUUGAUGGCGUUUCUGUCUGAUGGGAAUGUUGGUCUGUUUGCGUGGUUUCAGGAGUGAUGCUUACAAUUCUAUAGGUGGUUGUUUUAUUGUUAUGACCAAUGUGAUUUUUUGCAGUCAUUUGUUGUGGUGUGUAAUGUUAGUGUGAAGUUUAUAAAAAUUGGAGAAGGUCCACUUUUGAUUUCA